AUGAUGCAAAAUAUUUACGCCGACUCAUGCAAGAGACUAAAUACAAAGCAAGUAAUUAAUGAGCCAACCAGAGUGACAGCAACUUCAGCCACCUUGUUAGACCACAUCAUAGUGGACAGGUCGGCUGAGGUCAUGAGGACCGGCGUCAUUGAUGCACCUAGUAUUCUUGACCAUGAAGAUGACUCACAAUUGCACUUGUCAUAUGCGCCUGGCAACAUUGAAGAGGCGUUUCUGAGGAUUAACUCUGAUCUAGAGAGAAUCAGCCAGUGGUCGCAUGACAAUGGCCUCAAACUCAACGUUAGCAAGUGCACUGUGAUUCAUCUUGCCCAACACAACCUUGUAGAGGCCCUAAGUGACAGGGGUCUGAGAGUCACGAUCGGUGGCGAGAGUUUGGCUGUUUGUGACAGCGUGAAGACUCUCGCCGUAGUGCUGGAUAGGGCCCUUACGUUCUCCAACCAUGUCACUUAUACCAUCCAGCGUGCCAUUGGCAGGUUAAGGGGGCUCUACAGGUUUAGGGAUCUGCUGCCGCAGUCUGCAAGGCUACAAUUAAUGCAGGCUUUCGUGUUCUCUGUGUUUUACUAUUGUUAUCCUGCUUAUGGCAACAGUAUCUCGAAGGGAGACCAGGAGCGAAUCCAGAAGCUUCAAAAUUCCGCAAUUCGUUUUGUUUUCAAAUUAAAACGCUUUGAUCAUGUUUCUCCUUAUCAAGAUGCUGUUGGCCAAUUGCCGAUGGAAACUGUGUGCAGGAUACAGACCUGUAUUUUAAUUCACAAGGUUCUGUCUGACGGAGAGCCACAGUACUUAGGCGGGAGGCUCUUAUCCCGGGAGGAAGUUUCAAAAUACAGAACCCGUCAUGUCACGCAUUUGCUACACUUUCCAAAAGUGAACCUGGAGUUGGGUAGGAGGAGCUUCUCUUACUUCGGCCCAAAAUUGUACAACGACCUCCCCGAAAACCUCAAACGAUGCGGUGAGGUAGCUUAUGAAGAGCGAGACACUGGCGGCAGGGUGGCGAGCGAUGAAAGGGUGGUAGUGAAGAGGACGCAAUUUGGGAAGCCUCUCCGAGUACAGAGCCUGCGGUCACUUACAGGAUCUGGGUUUGGUGAGAGACGAGAUGACCCGGUAUUUGGUGGGGGAGAGGAGGGCCUCAGCACCGUCCGGACCGAUCAUUACGAAGCCAGGCAGUGA